GCUUAUCUUUUCAGGAGUCAAGCUCAGAGAAGUGAACAAGGUAUCAGUUGUGAAAGGAAACCUUGGGAAAGGAUGGACCCACACCCAAAGGUGCCUAGCUUAUGUAAUGCGGGUCCGUUGAUCCCUGAGUAUGGCAGAGUAGACCAGUGCGUGCGCCAGUUAGGGAAGCCUAAGGACGGACUGGCAGAAGAAAGACGGUAUGCGUGCCAUGAAUGCGGGGAGAGGUUUACUCAGAGCUCAGGCCUUGUUCGACACCGGAGAACCCACACUGCUGAGAAGCCCUAUGAGUGUGAGCACUGUGGAAAAGCCUUCAGUGUGCGUUCCACCCUCACCGUGCAUGAGAGAAUCCACACUGGCGAGAGGCCUUACGCGUGCAGCGCCUGCAGGAAGGCCUUCAGUGUGAGGGCACACCUGAUAAUACAUCAGAGAAUCCACAAUGGAGAGAAACCCUAUGAGUGUAACGAAUGUGGCAAAGCCUUCAGCGUGAGCUCAGCCCUCAUCAAACAUCAGAGAAUCCAUACGGGAGAGAAGCCAUAUGAGUGUAAGGAGUGUGGGAAGGCCUUCUGUGUGAACUCAGCCCUCAUUAACCAACGGAGGGUUCACUCCGGAGAAAAGCCCUACGAGUGUGGAGAAUGCAGGAAAGCCUUCAGCCAGAUUUCCACCCUCAUACAUCACCAGAGGAUUCACACUGGAGAGAAGCCCUAUGAGUGUGAGUGUGGGAAAGCCUUCCGUGGGAGCUCAAAUCUUACAAAACACCAGAAAGUACACGCCAGAGGAAAGUGUUGCCAGUGACUUGUGGGAAGGUUACACCAAAAGCCUUUGUGUAUCCGAAGUUGUCACCAAAAGACAAAUAAGUUAAAAAUGCUAAUGGACACUUGUUUCCUUGGACCAUUGAAGAUGUGAGAGGUCAGGGUACAGUGAAUCCAUCAGCAAAGUGACUAAGGGUCCGAACCACAUCUGCUACUGAGGAUGCAGUUUUACAACCCGAAGGUAAAGCCACUUGCAAAAUAUUUACCAUUAGGUAGUAUUGGUACUAAAUUUGGUUGGUACAUUUGGUACAUGUAGCUUGGUACAGUUUAGUAACAGCAAA